UCAGACAAGUUUUAACUCAAAAUGACAGUAUUGAAUAUUCAGACAUUUAUUUUUCUUAUCUCUUCCUUCUCAACCACUGGCUUUUGUUUAAUGGAGUCAUUGUUGCAAAAACAUACAUCAAAAAACUGUAUUCAUCUGGAGAACAGACAUUGCCUAGAAGACAAAGCUCACUGAAAAAUGAGAAUCAAUGAAAAAGUCCUUCUACAAAAUUUUUUUCAAAUCAAUGAUCAAAUUACUGAAUUCCCCCCCUACACACACACACACACACACAAUUUCCUAAUAGCAGCACCCAGAUAGCCUUGCUUUCCAGUUGUUUGCUGUCUGCAAUGUCUGCCAUUUAAUCGCAAAAGCAAGAUGAAUGAGAGCGUUGUAACUGAGUUCGUGAUUCUGGGCCUCACCCAAAACCCUGAACUCCAGCGAGUUCUCUCCAUUGUCUUUCUUUUCGUCUACCUUGUGGCUUUUCUUGGCAACGUGCUGAUUGUCAUUGCCAUAAUCUCCAACACCACCUUGCACACGCCCAUGUACCUCCUCCUCCUGGCUUUGGCUGUCGUGGACGUCAUCUGCACAACAAGCAUAAUACCAAAAAUACUUGAGACCAUGCUCACCUCAAGAAAGACCAUCUCAUAUGGAGGCCGCAUGUCCCAACUCUUCUUCUUCACGUGGUCCCUGGGUGCCGAGAUGGUUCUCUUCACCACCGUGGCCUAUGACCGCUAUGUGGCCAUCUGCUUCCCUCUGCGCUACAGCGCUAUUAUGAACCACCAGAUGUGUGCGGCCUUGCUCAGCACUGUCAUGGUUAUUGCUGUAACCAAUUCCUGGGUGCACACAGGUCUCAUCCUGAGGCUGACCUUCUGUGGAUCAAAUACCAUUGACCACUUCUUCUGUGAGAUACCCCCGCUGCUGGCUAUGUCCUGCAGCCCCGUAAGAAUCAAUGAAGUGAUGGUGUAUGUUGCUGACCUCACUCUGGCUGUGGGCGACUUCACCCUCACCUGCAUCUCCUACGGUUUCAUCAUCGUCGCCAUUCUUCGCAUUCGCACAACGGAAGGCAAGAGAAAAGCCUUCUCAACAUGCUCAUCCCACCUCAUAGUGGUGUCUCUUUACUACUCCCCUGUCAUCUACACCUAUAUCCGCCCUGCUUCCAGCUACACAUGUGAAAGGGACAAGGUGGUAGCUGCGCUCUAUACCCUCGUGACCCCCACACUAAACCCGACUGUGUACAGUUUCCGGAACAAGGACAUGCAAACAGGGAUCAGGAAAGUAUUUGCAUCUCUGAAACGUUAG